AGUUGUAGCCUCGAUUUCGUCCCUCCGUUCAAAAUGGCGUCGAUAGCUAUUGGAAGAGAGUAUGGCUACGUUGUUCUCACAUCUGUUGCCUCUGGCGUGAUGAUUUUUUUCUUAGGUUUGAACGUGGGAAAAGCACGGAAACUCUACAAAGUAAAUUACCCCAAGAUGUAUGAUGACAGUAAGCCUAUCUUUAACUGCUAUCAAAGGGCGCACCAGAACACGCUUGAAAUUUAUCCUCAGUUCCUGCUUAUGCUGCUGCUUGGAGGAUUGGAACAUCCUGUGGUAACUUCUGUAGCAGGACUUGUCUGGGUUGUAAGCAGGCUUUUUUAUGCCCAUGGAUACUACACUGGAGAUCCCAAGCAGCGCAUGCGUGGUAGCUUUGGUUACUUAGGUUUCUUUACGUUGGUUGGAUGCACUGUCAAGCUGGGAGUUCGCUUGCUAGGUUAUUUCUAAUCCAGUGUAUCACCCUAAAGAACAUGUUAAUACUACACUCGUUUCCUGACUCGCCUGGAUGCCUCACUAGAGCAUUCCAAUCCCUAUAGAUUAUUCCUACAAUGGAAUACAUACUUACAUUUUUUAUCUCUAGGAAUUCUUAGGUCUUCUAAUUAUAUUGUAUCAGCACCAGACUAGUAUGCUUUUUUCGUCAUUUUUGUAUCAUUGAUUUAAACUCAAUAGUAAAUGUACAAUGUAGGUCUAAGAUCAAUGAAUAGUUAAGGUUUACGAAGCCACCAAACCAAUGAAGUAAAGUAGACUGAUCUCUCAGUUGCCUCGCUUUGUAACCACACAAGUAGCGAAGACGUCAACUGAAAGGUGUGGUGGCUAAGCGUGUUAAAAAAAAAAAAAAAAAAGAAGUGACUGUGUGCGUAGUACCCAACUAAAAGAAUAGCGAAGACGUCAAUUGAAAGCUGCGGUGGCUAAUUGUGUU